CAACACUAGACAUACAAAAUCGUUGGUUGACCUUGAGCUCUUAUACAAUGGGAAAUCAAUAAUAAUGGCUCUUGUUUCUUCUAUCACAUUAUUUGUCAAACAAUAAACAGCAUAUGGAUGAUGUUUAUCCUUUCUGUUUUUUACUCCUUGAAUCAUGUAAACUGGUUUAAAAAUUGAAAUGAAAUGACAAAUUUAAAUGAGCCACAUAGAAAAUUAAAAUGUCUCUAUGCAGGAUUCACAUGUAUCGAAACUAAACUUGGUAUGAAAACAAUCAAUCAAGCUAUUCAAACUGUUCUAAAGAAUAUAGAUCCAAGUCAAUGGCUUCCAGUAUACGUCUCAAUUUCUCCGUCAACAAUCAAUUUCUUUUAUCAAAAUCAUAUUGUUGUCAAUCUUCGUGUUUGUUCAGUUCCAUUUUUUGGAAUAUACAAUCAAGAUGAAAAAGUUUGCGGUAUUAUACAACAUACAGCGGAUAAUUUAUUUUUAUGUCAUGUUUUAAUUUGUCCUAUAAAUGCUAUGGAAUUAUGUAAAACACUUAAAGCAGCUUGUGAAUUACGUUAUCAACAAUGUGUGGACUCAAAAAUGUUUAACAUUUACAAAUUGAAUAAUAACCCGUUAGAUGGACCAAAAACUAAAUCAAUGGAGCAUUCAGACAAACAAAUUUUACGCAUGAAUAUUGUCAGCCAACUGGAUCGAAUAAAAUGUGAAUUAUCUCGAAGAAUUUAUCAACAGAAAAAUUGGAUCAAAUCAUAUUUGUUAUCCUAUUCAAGCGAUGUAAGUCUAUUGGAUAAGCCGAAAUCUUAUAACGAAUAUGCACAGGAAACCAAUGACUGUAUUUAUAAUUUAUAAAAUUGUAAACAAAUUACUACCAUUCUUCAAGACGAUUUUAAUAAUAAAAAUGUACCUUACUCCUUAUACAGUCAUAUAGUGUUUAAAUAAUU